CCCUGUUUCCUAGCAACUCAUAGUGGUGCUUUCUCCUUUGACUGUGAAAUCAUUCAGUGGCAGAUACCGGGAUCAUUUGCAGGGCCCAAGGCAAUAUUGUGCAUACACUUGAGACUGCACAGUAGCAUAGCAUGACGUCUGACUUUCUGAAAAGGCUGUGCCUCUUAACUUGAAUGGACUCAACAUUACUUUGGAACCCUUUCCUGUGAACUUGAAAGUACCAGCCUUUUGCUUUUAUUCCUCCUCAGUUGAUUGGCAAGUGACUGCUUUACCAGUUCCACAAGGGUCAUGGAUAUCAAAUUCCCAGAGGCUGAAGGAUUUGGCGAGGAAGGUUCAGGAAAGAAGAAGUCCAAAUUUAAAUCUAUCAAAAAGUUCUUUGGGAAAAGAAAACGGAAAGAGACGUUAUCACCUUCAGGAAGUGGUAGUCUGAAACAAUGCCAGUCUGCAAGUGAUGUCACAGCUUCACAGUCUAUGCAUAUAGAUUACGAUUCUGAAGAUGAGCUUGAGAUGCAGGAAGGUAUUAUGGGAAGCAGAGCCUUGUCGCAUGAGAGCAUUUUCAUUUCUGAGACUGCACAAGAACCUACUAGACCAAUCCGAGUAUUUUCUCAGGAAAAUGUUUCUGAUCGGAUUAGGGCUUUGCAGUUGAAACUCCAACAGAAUUGGAAAUUAAGGGCCUCCUCUCCAUUUGGAACAUCUUCAAAAAGAGUGGAUGAUACUGGGAUGAGUUCAGAAGAUGAUGGAUUACCUAGAAGUCCACCGGAAACAUCUUUACUACAAGAAAUGUUAAAUUCCAGUACAGCAAAGUUCUCUGACUCGCACAAGCACCUUAGCUCUUUGAGUUUAGCUGGAACAGGCAGUGAAGAAGAAGAACAGGUCACACCAAGUCCUUUGAGAUCCUCUUCUGUGGAAAGCCAGCUAUUCCCCAGGCAGCCAAGUGCUAAAAUUAUAUCUCUGCAGACAUCUGACUGCAGUCUCUCUCCUCCUGCUGAUUUUGAUACUCCAGCCGAGUUUUCUUCUUGCCUGGAUAAUUCAGCUGCUAAGCACAAGCUUUUAGUGAAACCACGGAACCAAAGAUCCAGUAGAACAAGACGACCCGCUUCGAGGAACCUGUCAGAAUUUCAGAAUGACCUGAGCUGCACACCUGAAGAAGACAAAAAUGAAAGGAAUGAGAUGCUGGCUGAACUAACCUGUGAAGGUGAUAGUUCCAACCAUAAGGAGCCAACAGAAAGAGCAGAUUUAGCAAAUUCAGUGUAUUCCCAGCAACCUGAAAUGUCAAAAAGUCUUCAACAUUAUUUGAGUCACCAAAAUGAAAGAACUCGCACUCUGCACACCACUUCUGAAUCACACACACUUCUCUGUGAAAAUAAACUAGAGGGCUGCCAAAAUACACAAGAAAUAUCACACACUGUAUUGCCAUCGUUUUUUCAGAAGAAGGAAGAUACAGUUGCCCUAAAUCUUAUUGCAAACCAAGAAUCACAAAGGGAGAGAGAGCACUCUGAAACACUAAAGAUUUCCCCUUGCAGUUUUUUAAAUAGCACACCACUUAGUAUUUUAAACCAGGAAAAUAAACAGACAUACGGUGUGCAAUCUAAAUAUGGCAUGCUGUCUGAUAAGAAUGUCUCAACCAGAGACGAUGUGAUCCCAACGCUAGGUAAAAGAGAAAAAAAUACAUUCAAAGAUGCUAAGGCACUUUUGGAAGAUAUUUCUAACAAGGGAACUAUAAAUGCAUCUCCUUCAUUGCCUAGCACUACCAGUCUUUUAUCAAAAAAUUCAUCCCACAUCACAGAUUUACCAUAUUCUGAGAGCAAUAGUAUUUCGCAAACUUCUUGCACGGUCCCAUCAUCACAAACAGACCAGCCUCCUCCUUUGAACCUAGAAAAAAUUAAACCAAUUCAGGUGCUAUCUGUAUCCGAUAAAGAAAACAGUCACCCAGCAAUACCUGCUAUGUUGAUUUUAGGAGCGAAAGAAUCCAGUGAACAAAGCACUGCAAGAAAAUUCUCUGUCUCGUCAGCUUGGGGAAGGUCAAGGACUAGCAGCUUAAACAUGAAGGACACUUUAGUGUAUGAAAAUCCACCAACCAUGCAGAUCUCGCAGGCUAAAAUUAAAAACUCUUCAAGAAACGAGAAGGUAAAAGAGGAUACAGAGGUUGACUCCUGCCAAGAGAGAAAAGGCUGCACUAGCAAGUGGGCCCCCUCAUCAGAACUGGAAUCAGAAACUGCUGGGAGAUCAUCAGACAGAGUGGAAGCUAGUCCACUGCCCCAAGUCAUGGCUUCAAAACCAGUGCUGAGUAACUUUCCCACUGCUCUUCCACAACAAUCAAGUACGGUCGAGUCAAGUUGUGAAGAAAAAAAUCCCUUCCAAGUCAAGCUUAGAUCCACAUCUUUAUCACUGAAAUAUAGAAACAGCUCUUUGCAGGAAUCCAAGGAGGCUAAAAGAUACAGUGCAGAGUUUAAUGUGGAAAAAGAGGGACUACCUUUGACAUUCCUAAAAGGUGAAAAAGCAGAGGCUAAAAAAACAACUGAUGUAAAUACCACUAGCUUUUUAACUGAGAGCCUCAAAGCUAAAUCAAAGGCCUCUGAACAGGGUAGCACAAAACCUCCAUUGCCAAGGAAACCUAUUUUGCAACACUACUUUAUUGCUGGCACUAGCACAAACACAGAAAAGCAGGAAAAUGUAACCAAAUAUCCUGAGUUGAAAAAUGAAGGCAAAGAUUUGGAGACGAAACCAAGCCCCUCCGAAGUGCCUGCAGAGAAAAGUGUACCUUCUCCUGUGAUUGCUGCAGCAGACACUGCAAGAGGAACUGAAAGCCAGAAAGUGCCAGCCUGGAUUACCAUAGCAAAACAAAAGCAGAGGGUCAUGGAGCAAGAGCUUAGCAAAGAAGAGAAACUGGUGGCUGCGGAUAAAGCAGCCGCAGAAAAACAAAUACAAGAGGAGCGAAUGGAGGAAGUUCUGAGGCAACAGACAGAUUUCACGCGAAACACAUCCUUGCCUUUCCCACCCGCAGCUUCUUCUGAGGAACAGAGAAAAGAAACUAAGUCAGAUAUGCAGGAAUCUUUGCCAGGAGGUAGCUUGCUGUCACACCAUAACCCUGUUCAGUCUUCAGUGCUGAUUGAAAAAGAAGAUAUAAAGCCACUUAAGAAGGUCAGUCAUUCUUCCCCAGAUCAGCCCUCAUGGAUGGAACUUGCCAAAAAGAAAUCUCAAGCUUGGAGCGACAUGCCUCAGAGGAUAAAAUAGAGUAUGCAUGUUUAUGCAUAAUAGUUGUUCUAGAUUUUUUUUGGGGGGGGGCCUAUGUUAAUUGAACAGAUAGUUAAUCAUGAAAUCUAUUAUGUUGGCCACACAUUUGUAUUCUUAACCCACUGUGUAGCAAUGAAGAUCCUGCUAGAAAGCUAGUGGUGGGCUCUUUGUUUUUUGCUUGGAAAAAUAAUUUGUUGUGGAUGAUGUUGCUUAUCUUACAUCUUCUUUGUUUCUUCCCCCCCUGCAAAAUGGUUUGUGAUGUAUAAGCUUUUGGAAUAUUUACUAACUAUUGGUUUACCAUUACUUUGUUACCUUGUGACUAAUCUUCCUAUCAAAAUUCCCCCCCCCUUUUUUUGAGCUAUGAAACUAAAUUGGAAAACAGCAAGAAUUCCUCCCCAGAAACACACAUGCAAAACAAAUGAUGUUAGGUUGAUAGAUUAACAGAAAAUUAAAAACUGAUAGCUUUGUGGAGUAAACAUGGAAAUAGGCUGGAAUGCUAGUUUAUUCUCUGGAAUGAUUCAGUCACUACUACUUUCUCUCCACUCCCCAAACCUCUGCACACUGUUGGAUCAGGAUCAGAACCAAGCAUUAGACAUAUGUGCUACUUGACAAUACCUAAGAAAGACAUGACUCCACUGGAAGAACCCUCAUUUAUUUGAAGUAGGUAGUAUAGUUACAGGAAAAGGGAGAAACUGUAUUCAAAAAUUCAAGAUCUCCUGUUGCAGUUGUUGAUGUAGCGAGGAUUGGAGAAGUGAGCACACAUUCUUGAUUUUGCCACAUCUAGUGGACUGGUGGGAGAAUUAGCAUCUGAACAGCCCCAUGAUUUCAAAUCCUAAACUGAGCUGACAAGGAAUUUAUUUAUAUCCGGGAUGAGGGAUAUGUUGCCCUCCCAGAUGUUGCUGGGUGGGAACUCCCAUCAUCCCAGAUCAUGGGCCAUACCUGCUGGGGUUGGCCAAUGGGGAGUUGGACUCCCAACGACGUGUAGAGGUCCACAGUUUCCCCUUUCCUGAUCCGUAUGUCAAAAAUUAGACACUGCUUUAACCUCUGUUUCGUAGCCUUAUCCUUUUCUAAUCUAGAAACUCCAUUGCUGCUCUUACACUUUGGAGAAAUGACCUCAUACAUUAUAUUGAAGGGUAAUCAUAAUACCUGCUAGAGUUUGCACAUUUUAAAGUUAUGCACAGCUGUAAAAAAAAGAAAAGCCAGUUUCACACACAUGUAUAAUAUCACAACAGCAAAUUCAAGACAAAACUGGCUGAUGCUACUUACUUUCUUAUCUGCACAGUUGGGGUUAUCUGCCCGUGAAUAAAUGCUUAGCCAUUGGAUUCAGGGUCAGCAGGAAAAAAGACAAAACUGCAGUCCCUAGUAAGGGAGACAGUUGGCAAGCUUUGUUUAUCUAACAAAGAAGAAAAUAUUACUUUGUCCUUCAUUGUAUACUGAUAAUCCAAAAUUGCCUGGAUGAGUGGCCUUCAUUCUGCCCUCUUUUUGCAUGCAUUUUCAACAUACAUUUUCAAUUAUGUUACAGGUGAUUGCUAGAAUUUUGUUAGCAUAUGAUGUAAUGCUGGAUAUAUUUUUUUUCCUGCUGCUGUUACUUUAGGUGCCUUUUGAUGUGUAAUAAAAUGGAUACCAUGUAAA